CCCAUCUAAAUUUCAAAACAAUACCUCUUCCUGAAUCCUGAUUCCAAUUGAUCUCCAUCUCAUUGUAUCCUCUCAUCCUGAAAUGGCAAUGGCAACACAAGCCUCCCUCUUCACUCCACCACUCUCUGCUUCCAAGCCCAGCGACCGUGCAUGGAAGCAACCACCCGCAGUGUCCUUCACCACCGCAAAGCCCCAGCUCAGGUUCGCAACCAUAAGAGCUUCGGCUGCAGAGGAGAAAGUAGAGGCUGCAGCACCUGCGGCUGAGAAGGAGGAGGCACCAGUGGGGUUCACCCCACCUGAGCUGGAUCCAAACACGCCAUCCCCAAUAUUCGGAGGAAGCACUGGAGGGCUAUUGAGGAAGGCCCAAGUGGAGGAGUUCUAUGUGAUAACAUGGGAUUCUCCGAAAGAACAGAUCUUUGAGAUGCCCACAGGUGGCGCCGCCAUAAUGAGGCAGGGUCCGAACCUUCUGAAGCUUGCAAGGAAAGAGCAGUGCCUUGCUCUUGGAACAAGGCUUCGGUCAAAGUACAAGAUCAAGUACCAGUUCUAUAGGGUCUUCCCCAAUGGCGAGGUCCAAUACUUGCAUCCCAAGGAUGGUGUCUACCCUGAGAAAGUCAACCCUGGUCGCCAAGGUGUUGGUCAGAACUUCAGGUCCAUUGGCAAGAACGUUAGCCCCAUUGAGGUUAAGUUCACUGGCAAACAACCCUAUGAUUUGUAAUUCCAACUUCUCUUGAUGAAUCAUUGGUUCCCUGAUUGGGUUUUUCUCUCUUGUACUUAUUAUGAUCAUAUUUAUAUGUGACAAAUUAAAUGUAUGUUAAGCUCUGUA